UGAACCGCACAAUUAUCCUCCUCUUACAAAUUUCCAAUUGCCAAUUUGGACCUGAUUAAAAUUACAAAGACUAGAGAUUUCCAGUCCCUUCCAAAAUUUAAAAACCACUCACUUAUCAUUCUUCGUAGACUUCUCUUUUUCCAUUUCCCUCAUAUUCACUUCCGUUAUCUUCUUUUCAUCCAUACAUGGCAGUGGUGUGCCUCCCGCUCUUAUCCUACCGACAACCUACUACUUAAAAUGCGCACCCUCCUCACUCUGAGGCCACCACCACCGCCAUCUGUGCUCCUUCCAUGCCUCUCUUCCUUAUCCCCACCUCCUUCUUUCCUCUUCAGCUUCAGACCCAGCAAGCGUUUUCACUUCCUCAGCCCAUGUUCUUCUCUCAAACAGUCCAAGAAGAAGUCUCUCCAGAAGACCAGGCCUCCCAAUGCUCCUCCUCCUCAGAGCCAGCGCUGGUUCUUCAAUAACCCAAAGGGUGACGAAGGUGGUGAAAUUGAAAAGACUGAUGAGGCUGACAGUGCCUUCGGCGGUGACACUGCGCUUAAAGGUACUGUUUUGGCCGGUAUUUUCUUGAUUGGUAUUGUUGGUGGGUUUGCCGGUGUUGGGUAUUUGUACAAGGACCAGAUCAACGCCUUCUUGAAUCAGUUUUCCACUUUCAUUGAAGGUUAUGGUCCAGCUGGAUAUGCUUUGUUUGUAGCAGUUUAUGCAGGACUGGAAAUCCUUGCGAUUCCAGCUGUUCCAUUGACCAUGUCAGCUGGUCUUCUUUUUGGCACAGUUACUGGCUCUAUUCUAGUCUCCAUAAGCGGAACAGUGGCUGCUAGUGUUGCUUUUCUCAUUGCUAGAUAUUUUGCUCGUGAGCGCAUUCUUAAAAUGGUUGAGGGAAACAAAAAAUUUCUUGCAAUUGAUAAGGCUAUUGGAGAAAACGGAUUUAGAGUUGUCACUCUCCUUCGCUUGAGCCCUUUGCUUCCUUUUUCUUUGGGGAACUAUUUAUACGGAUUGACAUCUGUAAAGUUUGUUCCAUACGUGUUGGGAAGUUGGCUGGGGAUGCUUCCUGGAACAUGGGCUUAUGUGAGCGCUGGUGCAUUUGGGCGAGCCAUAAUUCAAGAAGAAUCUGAGCUUGGUUUACCUGGAGGAAAUGGUCAGCUACUGACACUAGGGUUUGGACUGUUAGCCACAGCAUUGGCUGCUGCUUAUGUUACACGAUUAGCGAAGGAUGCUGUAAAAGAUAUCGAUUAGCCUAUUCGGAUUAGGAGAAGUGUCUCAGUCUGCCCAUGAAUUCUACACAAGAUAUUUCAAACUUUAAAAAAGAUCCAAAAAAUAAAAAAAAGAGAGGGAAAAAAAAUAUUUCACUUCCUGUAAUUAUUUAACUUUUUGGCAAAAUUGAAUAGGAAAUGUUUUGAUUUUUGUUCUUAUUAUUAAUCUUAAAUUGUAUAAUUAAUCCGUGAUAAUAAUAUGCUAGUCACUGUUCCGGGCUUGA